GUAUUUGGUUAUGUUAGCGGUGGGGCAAAUGGACGGGUCUCGUCAGAGCGCUUUCCUACUCAACACCCCACCUUUGGCUGCUUUACACAGUAUGACCGAAAUGAAGACACCACUUUACCCAGCCUAUCCUUUAUCUUCCACUGGACCAGCAUCCUCUAACUCUCCGACUGCUACCUCCCCAAAUCCAGGUGGUAUCCCCGUUUCUUCCCCGGGGAUCAAAACGUCAAAUGGACUUUCAACUUUUGUAUCACCCCAUCAGUUCGCGAUCGCCACACCUCACGGAAUAAACGACAUCCUCAGUCGACCCGCGGUGGUCUCCUCCGGUGCGGCGGCUGCAAUCGCAGCAUCUUCUCCCACUGGAAUCUUGUCUGGACUGCCCCGUUUCAGCAGCAUGAGUCCUCCACCGUCUCACGGGCUGUAUUUCAGUCCAAGUGCCGCUGCAGUCGCGGUGGCUCGCUAUCCGAAACCUCUGACAGACCUUCCAGGCAGAACUCCAAUAUUCUGGCCUGGAGUUAUGCAAAGCCCGCACUGGAGAGACGCCAGAUUUGCAUGUUCACCACAUCACAACUCAGUGCUGUUGGACAAAGACGGGAAAAGGAAACAUACACGGCCAACGUUUUCCGGGCAGCAAAUUUUCGCUCUGGAAAAAACAUUUGAGCAAACGAAAUAUUUAGCUGGACCAGAGAGAGCGCGGUUGGCCUACUCUUUAGGAAUGACAGAGAGCCAAGUAAAGGUGUGGUUUCAAAAUCGAAGAACAAAAUGGAGAAAACGGCACGCGGCUGAAAUGGCUUCGGCGAAGAAAAAACAAGAUUCGGAGACCGAAAGGCUGAAAGGGGCCUCGGAAAACGAAGACGACGACGACGACUACAACAAGCCUUUAGACCCAAACUCAGACGAUGAGAAAAUAUCUCAGUUACUGAAAAAACACAAACCAAACUCAGCUCUUAUUAUUCACACGUCGGAAAACGAGAGCUCGUAAGACGGAAACAGGCAAGGGGUUGUCAGUCAUUUGAGGCGAAAUUCCUCAAGAAGUGUCAAAAUAAUGUAGGCUACUGUUUUUCAUCAUGUUUGAGCUCUGGUUUUGGUGGAAGGAUGCACAUCAGAGGAACAUGCACUGUCGGAGGAGCUGAACGUGCAUCAGUGUCUGCAAUAGACACGUUUCAACAUAAAGACAACGGUACUUUUUUUGUAAAUUAACGGCGUGAGUUGUAUCGCAUAGGAAUUAUAUUACUGUGAAUAUUUAUGUGUCAAAUAUUUUGAAAUGUAAACAUGGCAGAAUUCGUUCACCCCGCUUCAGUUUAAUCUUUGAAUUGGACUUUGUGAUUUGCAUACUCAUAUCAUUAAUUUGUAUUGUUUAUCAUCCUGAGAAUAGUUGGGUGGAUGUAGGCUAAUAUGCCUCGGCCCUUUGAUCCUUAAAAAUAAUCAACAAUGGAAAUAUAGAAAAAUGACAGAAUUGACUACUAAUGGUAAAAGACAUCUGAGUUUCAUUUUAUAGCCUAAAUUAAGGCUCAGGUAAAGGAUUGAUCUGGCCACAAAGUGUAAAUAAACACCUAACAAUAUAUUUGUAAUAUAAUGCACAG